AUAACAGAUUGGUCAACCUGGGUCCAACCCAACCCGUUAAAUUGCUUUCGCUAACCAUCACUAAGUUAUAAAUAAGCAGUUUUUUUUCCUCGUAGAAGAUUGAUUUGUGCUUGGUAUCACUAUCAAGCAACUCCUCCAUCUGAAACCCAUGCGGAGUCUCGAGCGCAACAAUAUGACCGAAAGCUCUUUGUCUUCGCUUCCACGCAAACUUGUCGUCGUCAGGCUCAAUCCCUUGGAAAUCAAUGAGAGGUCAUUGAAGCGCACUCUAUCGGAUUUUAGAAAUCUAUCAAUCUCCGAUUCUUCUCCAAACAGGUUGGAAACCAUUGAGAGGCCAUUCAAGCGUCUUCUAUUGGACCCGAAAACAACCGUGACAGAGAGCUCUUCGGUUACUGGUCCUCCAUGCAAGCGUGUGUUCGUUAGGGUCAAACGAAAACCCUAUCAAUCUCCACUUGAUGCUUUAUGGUUGGAAAUCAACAAGAGGCCAUUGAAGCAUCCUCUCUUGGAUUUUGGAAAUCUAUCAAUCCUCAAUUCUUCUCAAAACAUGGAACUUCAUAAGAAGCUGGUUUUGGUGCAACAUGUCAAGACAAUAAGCAGCCCUGAGGACACUUUAGAUAUUGUGCACUCAUUUCUGGAACCUCGUUCCAGAAGUGCUUCUGAAUCUAAGACGAAAGUUGGGAAAAGAAACAACUUCAAAAAAGUUAAUUCUUCAGCUAUAGAUGAUCGCUUUAAGCAAAUAAGGAAGACAGCAGAUGAAAAUGCAUUACUGAAAAUAUGCCAGUUUUAUGACAUUGUUCGUGUUGACUCUGAAGAAAAAGUUAAAGAGGUGCAAAAGGAAGAUAUCUCCUCGGAGGAUCAAAGACUUUUGGCUAAUUUCAUCCCUCUACUGAUAGAUGUUAUUCCUAAGGCUGCUGCAGAGAUUGAAGCUGACAUAAGUGUUCAUUCCAAACAAGGAGACUAUGUUUAUGAUCUUUACACUCUGACGGAUGAGAGGAUGGAAGAAAAAGAUUCUUCAAAUUCAUAUCCACUAGUUCAAGUUGAUGAUGAGCAUUUUUAUGAUGGACCUGACGAUUCGGAUUAUGAAACUGACUACUCAGAUGACGUUGACACUUCAGGGAUUGAUUAUCCGGCCAAGUUUUCGGAAGAAGAAGGUUCUGAGUGUGAAUCUGAAGAAAGAAAGCAUGACAGCUCUUAUAAUGAAUUGUCAGAUGAAAAUAUAUAGGCAAUGAUGAUGAUCUGGUGGAUGAUGAACAUUGUAGGUAGUCUUACCAAUGAAGCCAUCAGAUUUUACAUAAGAUUGAUGUUUUGAUGUUUAUAGCAUUGCUUAGUUUGUUGACUUGAUGCCUUGUAUAUUGGAGGUUAGGGAUGGAAAAAAGAAUCAAAUUCAAUGGGGGUAUUCACAAAAACACCUGUUAUGAGGGUUGGUUAUUAGCCCAUGAAAUGGUUUGAAUCUAGAUAGCUAUAAUACUAGAAGAUUAACUUCAUCAACAAUA